AUUUGCUGACCUCUUGAACCUGGAAAAGUAAAUAUGGACGUCCACGAAAACAACAGACCAAAACAAAUGUGUUUGGUGUGAUUGUAUGGUCAAAGUUUAAUGUUAUUGACUAUGACUUCGUCAUCAAAUGAAACAGUUUCAAAAGAAGACAUUCACGCAUUGUUAGAACAUAGUGUCAAAAACACGCAUAAAGUGAAAGAUGGAGACAUCAAGGGAGAUUUCAUCAUGGAAAAGUGUCUGUUGUUGUUUUCUAAAGAUUACAAAUAUUCUGUGAUAACUAAUUUUAGCGGAGAACUGUGCGGACAUUAUCCUUCCAAAAUCAUAUUAUUAGAAUACCAGUUAACUGAAGGUGACCAGAAAAAAGAUAAUUUUCAUGGAGUUGAGAGUGUAUAUGACACAACUCAGAUGAGAGAAUUAAUUAAACAAGCAAGAUAUGCCAGAUGUAGAUCUAGAUUUGCUGUGCCUGUUAUUAUGUAUGAGGGAAAGCAUGUAUGUAGAUCUGCUACAUUGGCUAGUGGUGCAGAGAUGUAUGGUAGAUCCGGUUUAGAUUUCCUCUUCUCAGGUCCUGAGGCAAGCUUAGGGCCCAUGUCUAGUCCAGAGGAGGAAGAACCAGAGCUGCAGAUGUUUGACAGACUACGUGGACAAGAUAAGAAGUUAUUAAAAAAUCUCUCUGUAAAAUACAUCUGUGAUUUAAUGGUAGAAAAGAAAAAAGUCAAAUUUGGAAUGAACGUUACUUCAUCAGAAAAAGUGGACAAAGAGAACAGAUAUGCAGAUUUCCAUAUUUUAACCACACCAUAUCCAGGUUGUGAAUUCUUCAAGGAAUGGAAGGAUAACAGCUAUACAGGGGAGACAAUGAUGUUUGACUGGAGUCAGGAUUUUGUGGAUGCAGUGUUAGAUGUACCAAAUGAUCCAUUGUUUGCACAGUUAGGUUUAGAUUGGACAAAGUACAGAAACUGGGAUAUUAUGCAAUUAACACAGAAUUAUUUAUUAUUACUGUUACAUAUUUUAAAAGAAGGAGACAGUGGUUUAUUAGUACAUUGUAUAUCUGGCUGGGACAGAACUCCAAUGUUCAUAUCACUCCUGCGUCUUUCAUUAUGGGCUGAUGGAAUUAUUCAUGCUUCCCUCACGCCCACGGAAAUAUUAUACCUCACACUUGCCUAUGAUUGGUACUUGUUUGGACACAAUCUUCCAGACAGGGUCCAUAAAGGAGAAGAGAUUUUAUUUUUCUGUUUUAAUUUUCUGACUCACAUUGCAUCAGAUGAUUUUUCUGCAGUCAAGAAAAGAGAACCAAAACAUGUUUCUAGGAAUGUUUCAAGACACAAUUCAGAGUGCAAUAUAGAGGGUGUUUUAUUAGAUAAUGAUCCUCGACGACUAAGUUAUCGAGGUAGUAACACAAGUAUAAGUAGCAUUGGAAGCAGUAGUAUAGAGGGCGCUCCUACAUUUUUCUCAACCAAUGAAUCUGAUGACGAUUCGGUCAAAACAAAUGGGAAUCCUAGUAUGAUGAUUGGUCCACAAUCAAGACAUAAAUUGCCUGUAGAAAGUCCCAUCCAUUUUAACAUCAGUCAUUACAACAAUACACCAUCAUCAUCUAGUCCAAUGGCAGUACCAAAUAAUCUCAGAAAAUACUCAACCAUGUCAACAGGCUCUCCUGCAUGUGGAAGUUGGCAAGUAGUAUCCAGUACAGGCAGUCUGAGGGGACUUGUAUCAUCACAUGAUUCUCCAUUGUCAGACAGUAACAGUAGUGGUGGUCAUGGUUCAAGUCGGCCGAGCUCAUGUCAAGAAGCCACAGAGACUGUAAUCCCAGAAAGCCAAAGGUGGAACAAACUUGACUCUGUUAGAAGAAUAUUUCAUAAUGCAUAUACAAACAAAAUCAUUGCUUCCAACGGCAAAAAGGGAGGCAUAUCAAAUUUGUUGGACCAGUUCGCUGAAAAAGUUGGAUUUAAGUCUGGGAAAACUUGAAACCAUAGACAAUGAUAAGACAAUUUACAACAAAACCAAUUGUGAUAAAAAAGAAAAUAAUAUAUAAAAUUUAAAGGGAGUAA